AUGGAAUCUAAAUACGAAUUAAAUCCCUCUGACCUCCACGUAUCAAUCAACAGUCUACCUGGUUUGAUAAUUUUACAAAAAUCUUCACCCAGUAAUAACAAUCAUCAACAAGGUGUCGUCUACAGGACUCGUUUAAUGGCGUAUUAUUGCAGAAAUGAUUCUUUACCGAGUGUGUGUAAGCUUUAUUAUAACAUUCCUACAUUUACUCAUACACAGAAAACUAAGCGGAGGCGUACGAGAGACUAUAAUCGCCAUACAGAUAUAAUCCGUCGUUUCUUUAAUAGUGAUAGCGACGCUAUCAACUAUCCUGUUGGAUGUUAUUCUGUACGAAUAUUUGUCGAUGAUAAUCAAUCUUGUUUAAUUACUAAAGAUCGACGGCGAGAUGCAUAUCAUCCUAUAGCGUUUCUACGUGAUAACAAGCUAAUCGGCGGUUUAUAUGCUAACUUUGAUCGUUAUGUCCAUCCGAGCCUAAGUGAAAAAGUUAUUUCGAUCGAUGAAAAACCUAUACGAUCUAUUAUUACAGCUGUAUGCCUGUAUGGUUAUAAUUUGAAAGGCAUCGAUAACUGCGAAAAUCAAUAUCCGAUAACGAGCGCAACUCAUAAUCUACAACAAGAUCAAACUAUAGAAAGAAUAAAACUGGAAUGCGAUGAAUGGCAUCCAUACGAAAAAUUAAUUCAUCAAACGCUCGAAAAUAUGGUACCAUUUUUUUAUGUUAUAGGUAAAGGAACUAUGCCUACAUUAUAUUUUCAUCUUCCGAUUGCAGAAUAUAUUAUAGUCGGAUUACAAUUAUUUCUAACUAAUUAUAUGACCAGAAAAGCUUUCGACGAUUAUAUCGAUUAUAUAACCGAACGUUCCAGAAAGCAUCGUCAAUGGUUAGAUAAUUACUCUUCUCGUUACAAUAUAACAUUGAUAACCGAAGCGCCUAUUAGUAGAUUAGUAUUAGAAAGGAACGACGAAUUUUGUUUACAACGAUUUAUGGAUGGAAUCGAUGUACCGUUAAGUCUUUUAAAUGGCAUCGAUAAAGAAAGCGGUAACAAAAUUGCAGAACAUGUUAGUCAACGAUGUUGGAUAUGGUUAUGUGAAAGUCAAGUAGAGCCCUAUCGUAGUGUGUGGCGAUAUAUUAAGAGUCAGAAAGAUCUUCAUUGUAAUGAAGAAGAAUUAUAUAACGGUUAUAGCUUGAUAUCGCUUAAGUAUAUCAGCUAUAUCGCUUAUUUAGCUUGUGUUAAGCAAAUGGAGAAAGUAGGCCAAGUGUUAAUGGUCCAGCCACUUGAUGAAAAACAAGUAUCGGUAGCUUAUAAAAAUUUAUUAGGAGAUAAAUACGGUGGUAUAUUAGGAUUUCAUUGGAUGGUGCCAAUAGUAUCGAAUAUAUCUACGAUGGACACUUUAUUCACUCUAAAAGACUACUUAGCACCGUUAGAUAAUCUGAUUGAGAACGGUAUUAUUAAGCAAUGUUUCCUUGAGAGCGGCGCUGCAGCAACAAACUUAGAUAAAAAUAGUAUAGUUUCUUAUACAAAGAUUAAAGAGCAGUUACUAUCGAAACAUCGGUAUCUUCUUACGCAGCAAAUUGAUUCGAUAUCUUAA